CAACAAGGACCCAAACAAGCAUUUCAACCUAUUUUUACUAAUGCAAGUUCGCUCAUUUCUCAAAAAGUUUCCAAGAUUUCGAUUUCUACUUUACCAGUUGGUUCUAUUCCUCAAACUAUUGUUGCAAAUACUGAAAAAUCAACUCGAAAUUGGGUUACUAAAUUUGAAGAAUUUCGCAAGAAUUAUAAUUAUAUUAUUCCAGUUGAUAAGAUUACGAAUUCUGAAUUAAUUGAACAACAGGUUUGUGAAUAUAUUGCACAAAUGACUAAAAAGAACAAUUCUGGUGAAUAUAAAGCAAAUAUAGUAAAACAAGCUGUUGGUGCUAUUAACCACCAUUUGGUAAAAUUUUCACCGAUUCGUGGAAUCAAUUUAUAUGAUAAAUAUGAGUUUCCGGAUUUAUGGACUGUAUUGCAUUGUAAAAUGAAAGAUCUCCAAGAAAAAGGAUUUGAAUACUACAAUCUUCGUGUUGAUCAAUUUCAGCCUUUACCUGAUGGUGGUUUGCUUUUUCAGAAUUAUCGUAGCAAAAACAACCAACGUGGAAUUGAAGGAGUAACAGGUCAUAAAAGCACACAAGGUAUUCGUGUGUCUAAAGAAGUAAAUGAAAAGCAACAUCUUGCUUCUACGAAUAAUUUGAUCCAUGUUUUAGAACCAUCAAGGUCAAUUCAUGAUGAUUCAACUUUAAUAAAUAAUUCUUUAAAUACUGUUAAUACUACACCAGAAUUUUCUUCUGAUGAAUCUUUGCCAUAA